AUGUCCAUCUCAACAUGCCCGUACUGCAACUCUUCCUCGCUCUCUUCAGGUAUGCCUCUCAAAGCUACUCCCCGCGCCAAGAAAAGCCAACAGGCGAUUGUACGUGCGUCAGACAGGAAUAAGACGAACCCUCAGAACAGGGAUGCCUGGGCUAGCGAGCUCAGCGGACGCGUCCACUUCUAUGGCAAGACCGUCGACGACUUCAUCAACACCCUCCUCCCUUGCUCUACACCUUACACGUUGAACGACGACUUGAAGGAUGCAUUCAAGGACUACAAACCGGGACCAGGCAGGGAGAUUGAGGAGUACCCCAACUUGGUCUCAGGUCUCACGACACUCGUUGAGCCCUUCCCGGCCAGUAGAAGACUCACGUUCGCCGAUGCCCACCAUCAAAAGAUCAACUUUCCCUUUGACGCAUUUAUUGCUCAUCAUCAUUCCACCGCACCGGAUAUAUCCGUCUCUUUCCCUGGCAAGCCACUCGUCGAAAAGUCAUGGCAGAGCCUCUCGCUAGUCGUCGAGAGCAAGGACGUAGCCGUCAAGGAUCCGUUCGUCCGGGACGCCAGGAAGCACACUGGUACAAUAGAGCAGAUGGCGAAGAACGCGCGCAACAUCAUGCUUGCCCACGGCCUCCUCGCGGCCUUCGUCGUCGGCAUCUAUGGCAACACCGUUCGCCUCGUGCGCUUUGACCACGCAUGCGCCCUCGUCUCGAAGCCGUUUUAUAUCAACACAGAGUCUGGGCGGAGACUGCUGCAGAAGUUCCUCUGGCACUUCACCCGCCCCGUUGUCGGCAACGGAAUCGUCGGCAGCGACCCAACAGUGAGGCAGCUCAGUGUCCGUGACCAGGAAUGGAUCAAGGACGAGCUGCAGAGGGCGCAUGUUACGCAUUGGCAGGACCACGUCAACGAAAUCGAGAAGGGUCGGCGCGUCGAGGUAUACGACGAGGAGACGGGUCGCUGCGUGCCCUACCUGCUUUACCAGGUCCUCGACGUAAACGGGAGGUUGUUCUCUCGGGCAACGAUGGUAUGGCGGGCGAUCGAAGAUACCCGUAUUUGGAAGAACGGGCGACUGGUUCGGGAUCGCGAGCGCACCACACCCGUCAAACCACAGAUCUUGAAGGAGGCAUGGCGACAGCUGGUCCGCACAGCGGAGUCCAAGUUCUACAAACGCAUCAAUAGAAAGAUCAACUCAACAGAGCGCUACGGUCUCGCGACGAUGGUAUGCGGCGGCGACCUCGGAGAGUUCGAGGCACGGUGGUGGAAAGAGACAGAGCGCCGUCGAAAGGAAGCAUCGAGCUUAUCGCACGCAGACGCUACCGUCGAGGAUGUGCGAGAAGCCGGCCCAUCCAACCCAGCCUCAUCAUCAAGGCUGUUCACCUCCAUCGGCAGCUCGAAGUCUCCGCUAGUUUCCAGCGUCGAGUCUCCCGAAAAAUAUAUUCCAAGCGCAGACUUUCCGCUCCCCCACACCCAGCACCAAACUUACUCCUGGCGGCUCGCGCACAAUGACAAACAGUGGCACCGGGAGCGCAGUCAUAUGCGCAUCAUCAUCGACGAUGUCGGGCGUCCGCUCACGGACUUCGAGUCUACUCUCGAGCUCGUCUGCGCGGUACGAGACGCGAUCCGAGGGCAUAAACUGGCCUGGGAGCAGGCGAGCGUGUUGCAUCGCGACGUGAGCGUCGGCAACAUUUUGAUUUCAGACGAAGUCGGGGAAAAGAGGAAAUUUGAUGGUUUCCUCCAUGACUACGACUAUAGCGCAAUGGAGCCUGACGAUGAUGACGAACCUGAGAUGGAGGAGUCCGAUCCGCUCGCAGAGCCUGGAGAAGGGGACCCUACGCAGACAUCGAUCGCUCCCGAUGACCCCGCCAAGUACAAAGAGCGCACGGGUACCUACUACUUCAUGGCAUACGAAAUCCUGGAUGUCCCAGGCAUCAUCCACAACACUCAUCACGACCUGGAGUCGUUCUACUGGGUCCUUCUUUGGGUCGUUGUUCGUCAUACAGCGCACGAUCAUAUGCUGGGCGACGACCUUUGCAGCUUGAUCUUCACGUUCGGCAACGACGACAGCAGCGCGGCUGCGAAAAUGAAAUGGCUCGAAAGCGGAAGCUUGAACAUCCCCAAGAACAAGCCCCUCACCUAUCUUAUGGACGAGCUCGCGUGCAUCGUCCUGGACCACCUUCCCACUCGCCGUAAAAGAGCUACCCGUGUCCUUCUAGACUAUGAAGGGGUGUUGAAGAUCUUCGACGAGGCAAUCAAGAUGCCGGGCUGGCCCAAUCGCGACUGGCAGCCGUGCAAGUUGCUCAAGGGCGACGGACGAACUGGUAUCGCUGAUGUCGUAAACCUACCCGGUGUCGUCACUGCUCUCGAUGAAGGCGCUCCUCCUUCUAACGGCGAGCGAAAACUCCCUCCCCUUCCCACUCACCCGGAUCUCCCGGCACCUCAUUCUCUGGACCCUCGUCUACUCCCCGACGUUUCCCCGAAGAAGCGGACUUGCCAGACUCUGGACGAGGAGGAAGACGAGCUCGACUCUCGUGGUACCGCAUGGAUGUCCGAGAGCCCGGACCCCACGAGCAGUCGCAGAAAAAGAGUCAAGACGAACGAAGGGCCGCGUCGGCGCCGUGCGAUGACCAACCGCAGGGCUUGCGCCGCGAGGGAAACUCUCCGUGCCACACAUCUCAGGCUAGAUCUGAAGUGGUACGAUAUCGAGGAGUACAAUAGCAGUCCGGACUCGGGUGCAGGGCAUGAGCACGACCACGACGGAGACGUCGCGUGGCGCUGUGCGAUGCCUGAGGCCUGA